AAGAUGAAGUGGUCACCUGGUGCCUUGUUCUGCGAACAAGUUGGUGAACUGACUCGAGUUUUUUCACAAUGGAAUGAAUGUGAGCAAACUGUGGUUUUAUAUGCACUACUUCGUCGCAUUCCUGAAGUUCAAGCAAGGUUCCUUGCACAAGCUGUGCAGCAUUCUUUACACUCUGUUUCUGAAUUGGACACACAAGAAUUAAAUGCGAAUAAUCCAGCAUUUAUUAAUUCAUUACUCUCAGAAUCAACAGAAGUUGCUAUAAAUCAACUUUUAACACAUUUACCACUAUUAAGGCCUGGGAAUGUAGAGUGCAAACAAUGCUAUUUAGUAGCAAUACCAGAAUUAGUAAGCCACUGUGUAACCACAGGGCAAUAUACAGAACAAACUCAACAACUUUUAAGUUACUGUUUGAUUCAUCCAGCUAUAACUAGUCAAGAUAGACGUUCUCUGACUCAGUGGCUUCGACAUCUUGAAGAACGCAUUAGCGGUACACCACCGAUACAUAGUCUCGAAGAGUACACUAAUACUACUAUUAGGUGGGAUAAUGCAUGGCAGCGAAAUUCUAAACAACAACAAAACGAACAAACAAGUUUAUUUGGUACACAGCCAGGUACUGCCUUUAACUUGCAAUUUCCUCCACCUGUAACUCGCCAACGCCGGUCAAAUAGUUUAACACCACCAGUUGCUCCUCCUCAUCAUCUAGAAGUUGUUGAUCGUAGUAACAACGUGAAUUGUACAAUUAAGCACAAGCCACGAAGUUUUAGCGUUUCUGGAGACCAUACGAGCAAUCUUAUUGGAUUAGGCCCAUUAAGCCCUCAGAGCUCUUGUGCAAGUAGUGGUAGUGAGGGGCGUUUAGAUGAAACAUCUAAUCGAUCACUCGCUAGCGGCAUGAGGGAUGUUCCAUCAUGGCUUAAAACUUUACGGCUUCAUAAAUAUAGUUAUCUAUUUGUUACUCUCAGUUACGAAGAAAUGCUUCAACUGACUGAGGAACAAUUAGCAGAACAGGGCGUGACAAAAGGAGCCAGACACAAAUUAGCUCUAUCAAUUGCAAAAUUGCAGCAACGUUAUACCACACUUUUAAAUUUGGAAAAAGACUUACUGCAACCAACACGUGAUAGCACACAAUCGACAUCGUUUUUACAAGGAUCAACGGUACUGGUCAAUACGAUCGAUGAACUAAAAGCAAUCUUAGCUACACCUAUGAAACCAAGCCAAGAAAAUGAUCCUCAGGACAUACCAGCACAAUUCACCAAGGUUCUCGGUAAACUGUGUAGCAGAUUAGCACUGGACAGUGUGGAUGAUGGCAUUUUGUGCGCUUGUAUUAACGUACUGGAGAAGGUAUUGCAGCAUGAUUGCUUUACUCCAAAUCAGAAAGAGAAGGCACAACAGUGGCGUAGCAGACUUGGAAAUCCACGACCAACUCCAAAAUGGCAACAUAAUUACGCAUAUAAUAAUAGAAGGUAUUGCAAUCCGCAACAGCACAAUAGAAAACCAAGUUUAAACAUAGGACACAUUCAUAAUACACAUCCGCAAAACAAUUCUUUUGUGAUCAGCACUCACAGAAACAGUAUAUCUACUCCGUAUUUACAAAAUAAUCAGAACCAAAGCAUAAAUCAGAAUACUUUACGUCCUGUCCAUGCGACAAAAAAGCGACCUAGUUUACAAGAAUCUAGUUUACAGCAAUUACAAAGAACGUUACAACGUACGUAUAGUGCACCAAGGGAUCAUUUCCUUAGCCAGAGUAGCAACAACGCGUCUGAGACAACAGAGCCAGAAAUUAACUCUCGUCUUGAAUCUCUUUGUUUAAGAAUGACGGAACAAGCAAUUGGUGGCUUCGGCGAGGCCUAA